CUGAUGCAGCAAGGGAAUUUUACUAUUCCCAGAUUUCUCAAUCUCAGCUUGCAGAGAAUUUGGAGAGUGAAGGUAUGUUGAAAUAAUAAAAUUAUGAAUAAUUAUCGAAUUUACCGUAUCAAAAUGAAAUUUUUCUUUAUUUAUAGCUUUUCAAACUCAGCAAUAUCAGGCAUCGAAUUUCGAAGAGCUUGCAGAUAAUUUGGAGAGUGAAGCUUUUCAAGAAGAUGAGGAGAAUCUUUUUACAAAUGAGGAAGGUGUGAUUUGGUUAAAAAAAAAAACCUACUGAUACCGAUAUUGCCGCCACACAUCUCAUGUUGAGAUUGAGAGAACAGAAAAAGGAGCAAUUUAAUAAUAAAAAAAAUAACAAGAGGCAGCUAUGGGCUGGGAUAGCUGAAGAGCUGACGAGGAACCAAUUUAUGUUGGGGGCGAAUGGCGGUGAAAGGUGCCGCCAAAAAUUCGCAAAUUUGACUAAGUCAUACUUGAAAUUCAUAAGAAACCAGAAGACAACAGGGGCAGCCUUCAUGGAGCAUCCUCCAUUUUUUGAGGAGGUCCACUCAAUUUUAGGUGAGAAGCACAAAACUCAACCCAAGCAUUUAGUGGACAGCUUGGAGGAUGAGCCCAUGCCUGAGGCCCCUAUGCCCGUGCAAGAAGCGCCAGUAAUGGAUGAGGGCGCUUCUUGCAGCUACACCACUCGAACGGAACCAGCCAUAACUGACCGGUUCAAAAACCUGAGGGAUACUCCAACCUCCAGAACUAACAAAGGGCAUCUGGUUCUACAGGAGUUGAGGAGCCACCAGGUAGAACAAAGAAGACAAUUUGACGUCCUUGCUGCUCAUCUAAAAAAAACAGAGGAGCAGAGGGAGAAGCUCCUCAAUAUUAUGGAGGAAUUUUUUACAAGAAAGAGGAAGAGGCAGGAAGAAGAUUCUGAUGGAGAAUAA